GAGUAGUUUCUUACUUUAUGACUUGGGAUUAUGUUAAAAUCGUAAACAGCUAAUGACAGACAAGUCUGUACAUUUUGGUUGUGAGGUAUUGAUUGUAGAGAGGUACACACCAGAUGGUUUUUUGGAAGGACUUUGUAGUUGUUUUGGUACACAGGUUGAAUAAGACGACAAAGACCCAGUUCAUCAAGGGAUGAGUUUUUGCCCGCAAAUUUGAAGAACUGGUCACAGAAUUCUAAGGAGGGUUUGUUCAUGACUUUUAAUGUGCUUCUGUAGAUACCUGCCCCUCCUCCAUUGAAGCAAGCAAGCAAAAAGAAGAAUAGUAAGAUAGGAAAAAACAUGGAAACUGAACUGAAAGAGAUAGAGAAGGAGGACAAGGAGGUACAGUCGGAAAAAGCUGAGGAGACGAAGAGGUUACCUCCAUGGACAAAGCAGAUAACUGUAAGGGGAGUCAUUGCCAGCAUUGUGAUAGGGAGCAUGUACAGUGUGAUAGCCAUGAAGCUGAACCUCACAGUUGGGCUUACUCCUAAUCUCAACAUCUCUGCCGCCCUUCUCGCCUUUGUGUUCAUCCGGACAUGGACAAAGCUGCUCCACAAGACCGGUUUUGUGACAACCCCAUUCACCCGCCAGGAGAAUACCAUGAUCCAGACAUGUUCAGUUGCAUGCUAUAGCAUUGCUGUUGGAGGUGGUUUUGGGUCUUAUCUUGUGGCGUUGAAUAGGAAGACGUAUGAGCUGGCGGGGAUCGACACAGAAGGAAACUCUCCAACUAGUAUCAAGGAGCCGGGGCUUGGCUGGAUGAUUGGCUUCCUCUUUCUAGUUUGUUUUGUUGGCCUUUUUGUCCUGAUUCCUCUCAGAAAGGUCAUGAUAAUCGACUACAGAUUAACAUAUCCAAGUGGGACAGCAACUGCAGUUCUCAUCAAUGGUUUCCAUAGCCAGGGCGAUAAGUUGGCGAAGAAGCAGGUUCGUGGGUUUAUGAAGUUCUUCUCAAUGAGUUUUCUUUGGGGGUUUUUCCAAUGGUUUUACACAGGGAAAGAGGAAUGUGGAUUUGCUCAGUUCCCUACUUUCGGAUUGCAAGCUUGGAAGCAAACGUUCUACUUCAAUUUCAGCAUGACUUAUGUGGGAACUGGGAUGAUCUGUUCCCACCUUGUGAACUUGUCUUUGCUUCUUGGAGCUGUGCUCUCUUGGGGGCUAAUGUGGCCACUCAUCGGUAGUCUCAAGGGCGAGUGGUUUCCAAGGAAUUUGCCAGACAGCAGUAUGAAGAGUCUAAAUGGUUAUAAGGUUUUUAUCUCGGUUUCUCUCAUCCUAGGUGAUGGACUCUACAAUUUCGUCAAAGUAGUGUAUUUUUCGAUCACAAGUAUAUACGGUAGACUGAAGCGCCAGCGCCAGAACCUCAAAAUAGAUGGAGAUGAGCAGACUAAGACACUGGAUGAUCUAAAACAAGACGAAGUUUUCAUUAGAGAAUCCAUUCCCCUGUGGAUGGCAGUCACUGGAUACAUUAUCUUCGCCGUUCUUUCAAUAAUUGUGAUUCCACUCAUGUUCCCUCAGCUCAAAUGGUACUUUGUUCUCGUAGCCUACGUCAUUGCUCCAUCUCUAGCCUUCUGCAACGCUUAUGGAGCUGGUCUAACUGACAUCAACAUGGCAUAUAAUUACGGGAAGGUGGCGCUGUUUAUGCUGGCUGCAUUGUCUGGGAAAGAGAAUGGAGUGGUAGCGGCGUUGGCAGGGUGCGGUAUCAUCAAAUCUGUUGUUUCUGUUGCUUGCAUCCUGAUGCAAGAUUUCAAAACAAGCUAUUUCACCAUGGCAUCUCCACGAGCAAUGUUCUUGAGCCAGGCCAUUGGCACAGCGAUAGGUUGCAUCACGGCUCCUCUGAGUUUCUUCCUGUUCUAUAGGGCGUUUGAUGUGGGAAACCCGAACGGAGAAUACAAGGUUCCUUAUGCUCUAAUCUAUAGAAACAUGGCGAUCCUGGGGGUUGAAGGGGUGGCUGCUUUGCCACAGCAUUGCUUGCAGCUCUGCUAUGGCUUCUUCGCCUUUGCAGUAGUAGUUAACAUGGCUAAAGAUCUUUGCCCGCCUAAGAUCGGGAAAUGGAUGCCACUUCCGAUGUGCAUGGCUGUGCCGUUUCUAGUUGGGGCAUACUUUGCGAUUGAUAUGUGUUUAGGGACUUUGAUUGUGUUUCUGUGGCACAAGCUUGACACCAAGAAGGCUGAGUUGAUGGUCCCGGCGGUCGCUUCUGGUUUGAUUUGUGGAGAAGGGAUGUGGACUCUUCCGGCAUCAGUGCUGGCUCUGGCCAAGAUCAGCCCUCCAAUCUGCAUGAAGUUCUUGGCUUCAUAGAGGAAGCUCCAUAAAGAAUGCUGGAGCAUUAGGAAAUGGUUUGCCCAACAUGGGACCCAAUAUUGUAAUACGGUAUCAACUAUAUAUCAAGUCGAUAUUUUAUAUCUAAUUUCCUCCCAUUCUCUGCC